AUGCCAUUGCCGCAGGGGCCUGGUACGGUCGUCGGCGUCGACUUCUUCGGACCUCUGCCAGUGACUGCCAAGGGCAACUCCUACAUUUUGUUGUUCACAGACCGUUUCAGUCGGAGAGCCGACAUGUUCGCAGUUACAGCGGCGGAAUUUACGGCGAGAGGGACGGCUCACAUCUUCGUCAACCAAUACAUGACCAAGUGGGGAUGUCCGACUACGUUAUUGUCGGACAACGGACUGCAUUUCUGCUCGAAGCUCUCCAUGGCGAUCUACGAGGUGAUGAAGAUCAAGAAGGUCACCACCAGCUCCUACCACCCACAGACCAACGGCGGCACUGAACGCGUCAACCACACGAUGGCCCAGAUGCUUGCGGUGGUCGUCAACGAACAGCAAAACGAUUGGGACAUACAUCUCCCGCACGUUGAGUUUGCCUACAACAAUUCCGUGAACCAGUCUACUGGAUUAGCGCCAAACGAGAUCCACAUCGGACGCAUCCCGCGACUCCCGCUUUCGGUCUUCGAUCGUCCCACGGUAGGUGGUCAUCAGAGCUUGGCCCGCGAUCAACUCGAGUAUUGCAACCUGGCUGUCGAUCGCCAGCGCCGGGCCUACGAACUUGUCCGCGAGUACAACGCGCUGAAGAUUUCGCGAGUCGAACGCCGAAAUUCAUCCCUGCUGGACGCCAUCCACAAGCUCCCUCAGUUUACCGUUGGCGGGUGGGCUUGGGUGUACAACACGGCUGCUACAAUUCGACAGGGUGUGCAGAAGGACACGGACCAACAGGUGCUCAAGGCCAAAUUCGCACGUUCCUGGACGGGGCCCUACAAAGUUCUUGCGGUGGGUCCCACCUCUGCCGACGCCACUCCGGACGGCCGCCCGUUGGCGCAUAAACUCCUCUACCUGGACCUGCCUUCCGAUCUUUCCGGCCCGGCAGCUCGUUGUCGCGUGUCUGUCCUUCGUUGCAAGCCCUGUCGCAAUCCGUACGAGACGGACGACUUGCCGCAAUCUCUGCCCGCCGAGCUUUCGCGUUAUGUUCUGCACUCUUUCGGAGAUAAAUGUCCACCUUUCCACGUCACCGCGGAUGAUGUGUCGGUGCCUGUCGGGCGCCUCGAGGUCGACUACAUCUCGGGACAUCAACUGGUGCGGGGCCGUAGCGGCGUUCUCGCUGUCCUGUACCAGACGCAUUGGGUAGGCCUGACUACUCCUUCAUGGGAACGGGAAUCCGACCUUGAUCUAUUCCGUCGACACAUCCUCUUGUACUGGUCCCGGGAGGCCUGCCAAAGCAAGCAGGCGGGAGCUAGCCCGGAAUCGUGGAGAACGCUAUUUGCCUCCUGGGGCUGA